AUGCGACGACGACCGCGAAAGAAUCCACGUCCGAAAAGAGCGGUGAACGCGAGGACGGUUUUGAAGGGAAGCGGGAAAGAAGAACCUUUGGUGUUUGUGCGUUCGAGGAUUCCUGAUGAUGAGGAUGUCGAGGCAAAUCAUCAGAUACAAAAAGAAGAAGAAGAAGAGGGAGAAGAAGAAGAAGAAGAGGGAGAAGACGAGGACGUGAAGCAAUUAUGGAGGAUUAUGUGCGUGCCGUGCGACGAUGUCGUGGAGCAAAAUCACCAGAUGCGAGAAGAAGAAACUGCUUUUAUUGCUAAAGGAGUGAAAAGAAAGAGAGGGCACGAGUGCGAUGUUUGCGAGAAGGUGUUUGUAACACCAUCUAAAUUGGCCACACACAUGCGUACGCACACGAAAGAGAAACCGUACGAAUGCGAUGUGUGCGAGAAGCGUUUUACUCAAUCCAGUAAUUUGAAAGUCCACAAGCGUGUUCACACGAACGAGAAACCGUAUGAAUGUGAUGUGUGCGAGAAGCGUUUUCGUGAUUCUGGUCAUUUGCAAAGGCACAUGCGUAUUCACACGAACGAGAAACCGUACGAAUGUGAUGUGUGCGAGAAGCGUUUUAUUGAAUCUGGUGCUUUGAAAAGGCACGUGCGUAUUCACAUGAACGAGAAGCCGUAUGAAUGUGAUGUGUGUGAGAAGCGUUUUAGUCGAGCUGAUAGUUUGAAAACCCACAUGCGUAUUCACACGAACGAGAAACCGUACGAAUGUGAUGUUUGCGAUAAAGCUUUUCGUCAACUUGCUCAUUUGCAAAAGCACAUGCGUACUCAACAUUAG